AUGCAAAAUUCAACUUCCACACUGAAUUUUAAUCCCAAUCCUGCAAGCUCCGGUUCCAGCAUGGAGGAAAAAUUAUUGGGUGGAGAGAAUCAUCAAUUUUUGGCACAACUGUUUCACAAUCUUUGGAAGGAAAGAGGACACGUUUUCCGUCAAAACUCGCUUAUCUCAAUCUGGAAAACAUAUGUUUUGCCAUUUGUAGACACUCAUCAAUGCUUUUUCCUCCAAACGGAAAUCAUAUUCAACGAAGAAUCGGGAAGCUAUGAGUUCAUCGAACCAAUGGUUGAGUAUGGACGGAAAAUGUGCUCUGAAUUGUUUGCAAGCACAUCGGAAAUGAUUGAUCACGUCAAAGUACAUCACAUAAAAGUCUUGGAAGAUAUUGUAAAGGGAUUUUCAAUACUCGAACAACUUUCUGAGACCAAACACUGGAUUGCCAGCGGGAGUCGAUGGAAUCAUGGAGCAACCAGCAUUGAUGGAUGCCCAAUGCUAGAUCAGAGUCAACCAAUAUGA